AACUGGAGGCGGAUACGAGUCUGACCUGUAAGUUAGUAGAUGCUCAAAUGAAGAUGCCAGAUGCUCAGGCUCAUCGGUUAUGUUUGCUGCUUUUUGCACUAGUUUUCCGUUUCGGGACAGCGGCAGAGGUCUCCGUAUGGAAGGUGGACAUCAACUCGACACAGGAUGCUGUGUUUCGAAAGACGCUAUAUACCAACACCACCAUCUUCAUGAAGUUCCAGGGUGACGCAGCGUCAUGUGAUAGAAACCUACCAUUCAACAUCAGCUGGUACCUGCGCUCCUCUGUCUGCUACAAUGAGGUCUUUAACACACCAGACAACAAAGCCAUGAACAUGUUCGGUAUGGACCACAUGUUGAAAGACGGCUGGAGUGGCUUCUACAGUCAGGGCUAUAUGUACUUUGACAACUGCUCCUCCCUCUUCUUACCAAAGGUGUAUUAUGCAGACUUCAACCCAUAUCAGCCCCUCAUUAGCCCAAAGAGUGACCCAUCAAAUCAGACGCUUUUUUGGCCUGACAAGCCAGAUAUCGGUGCAGUGGCCAAAGCUUGGGAGGACAGUCCAUAUCUGUUCAUAGUGAAGGUGCAACCUUUAUACAGAGUUGAGGAUGAAGACAACGCAGAGCACCUCAACUUUGCCUUUACAAUGGUAGUUGAGAUGAAGAGACCACAUGACUACUCUUCUCCAGCAGACUGGCCCCUGAUGAUGUUCUUCAUGAUCAUGUGCAUUGUGUAUGUGCUGUUUGGGGCUCUCUGGCUCUUCUGGUGUGCCUGCUAUUGGAGGGAUCUGUUGCGGAUCCAGUUCUGGAUCGGUGCUGUCAUCAUCCUGGGCAUGCUGGAAAAAGCUGUGUUUUACUCAGAAUACCAGAGCAUCCGUUACAAAGGAGACUACGUUCAAGGUGCUGUGAUUUUUGCUGAGCUGCUCUCUGCACUCAAAAGAUCUCUAGCCAGAAUCCUGGUCCUCAUUGUCAGUCUUGGUUAUGGCAUAGUCAAGCCCAGGUUGGGUACCACAGUGCACAGGCUGGUAGCUGUUGGGCUUCUCUACCUGCUCUUCUCCUCUGUGGAAGGUGUGCUAAGAGUGACUGGUGGUUUCUAUGGGACGGUUGCCCUGGUGGCCAAUCUCAGCCUCUCCCUUAUUGACUCCUGUGUCAUGUGGUGGAUUUUCAUCAGUCUGUCUCAAACCACUCGUCUCCUGAAGCUCCGCAGAAAUGUAGUGAAACUCUCUUUGUAUCAGCACUUUACCAACACUCUAAUCUUCUCUGUUGUCGCUUCCAUCAUAUUCAUCAUCUGGACCACCAAAGUUUUCAAGCUGGUAGACUGCCAGACGGGUUGGAGGGACUUGUGGGUAGACGAUGCUUUCUGGCGUCUCCUGUUCUCCACCAUUCUUCUGGUUAUCAUGGUGCUGCUGCGACCCUCUGCUAACAGCCAGAGGUUCUCCCAUUCUCCUCUUAUUGAUGAAGAUGAUGAAGAGGAAGAGGCUAAGGAGCCCAUGCUGAGUGAGGCAUUUGAGGGAAUGAAGAUGAGAGGCUCAAAGCCUGACUCUAAUGGCUCCCAGAAACUGUUGAGUAAAGAGGAUGAAGACCUGAAAUGGGUUGAGGAGAACAUUCCUACAACUGUUGCCGAUGUAGCUCUCCCUGUAAUGCUAGAUGAGGAAGAGGAAAUCCUGAAAACCAAGAUGGAGAGAUCCAAAAUGGAAUAGACGUAAAAGCGAGAAGAUGACGUGAGAAUAAAAUGAAGGCAAUUUCACUGAGGCGUCAAUGAAUGCGUUCUGAGUGGUCUGAUUACCAAAAAAUGUGGGCAAAGCUAACCGUUCCCUCCAGAGACUUUCCUUUUUUUAUUUUAUUUUACAGGUACAAUGUAACACUAGAAAGCUCACAGAAGCAUUAAUUGUGUGUUUAUAUUAAGGCGGGACUGUGCAAUCCGUAGUUAGAUGGGUUGGCUGUUAAUGUCAUGAUUGGCAUUCUGUGAAGGGGGUGAAACUGAAUCAAUUACAAAGCACAGGACUUCGAUAAAUAUUUUAUUUGUUUCAUAGAUGUUUCUUCAGUAACACCAAAGUCAAGUCAAGCAGAAACUGGCUGAAUUACACGAUGCCCUUGUGAAAAAUAGACUAUUUAUCAAAAUCCUGUCCUGUGGUUUUAAACUUUAAUGGGGCGUGUGGUUUUAUGAGCACUGGGGAGGAACAUGAAAACAUCUGAGAGAAGUUUCCUCACCUGCUUUUCCUCACCUGAAUUGCAGAUCGCCUGAUUGGUCAAAUUUGUAAGACUGUGAGGACUGAUUUCAAAUCUGUUCAGGUACAAAUUGGCGGAUGUCUCAGCCAAGAAAUCAGAUGAUUGAAAACACAUGCUGAAAACGCCAAGUUAUUAUGCAUAGUAAAAUUAUAUUUGAGCAAACACAAUGAAUGAAACAUUUGAACUGUAGGUUAUCUUCAGAGGUGUACUGUGCCAUAAAUAAAAUGCUGUUUUCAGUUUG